CCGCGACACCAGCGGAGCAACAUUGCGUUGUUUAUUAUAUAACAAUUGUUUAUUUUAGAGAAGCCUUCUCUCGUCUUUCUUCUCUGUGAUUCGUGUAAUUUUCAUUUCUAUUUCUUUUUAAAACAAAUUCUUUAAAAUUUUAAUCAACAAGAAUAUCAUGUCUUACCUUUUAAACGCAUCGAGCGACUCGAUGAAAGAUAAAGGCGUGCAUCGUUGUUCUUUUUCUGUCGAUUACAGUUGGUGAUGAUGAUCCAAGAAUCGAGGAAUCGCGAGGAAUUGAUCAGUGUUUCCUUAAAUUAUAUAACAACACGCGAUCGGUGAAUUUGUAUUGUAUUCUUAUUACCCGAAGCAACGUCGCUCGAGCAGCAUAAUAAGUCUUGGAAAUCCCUGGUCCUUGAAGAAAAUCAACGGAGGACGUUCACGUUCUUACCGGAGGUUAGCUCAUCCGUGCACGCCUGCGUAAAAAUUUUACUUCCGUAUAAGGGUUCUUCCUUCCCCUUCCUCACCUGGUAUUCUGUAAGCAAGACUUCCGGAACCGUUCCUGCCCUCAAGAUGUAAAGAUACACGAAUGAAAAGUUAAGUUCCUUUAAUUUGAUACUUAUGAAUUCAUAGUAAAAGUUGAAACAAGAGAAUGACCCUAAUUUCUAGGUAUUUGUAAAUCUUUCAAAGAGUUCACUAAACUCUCCGGUCACGGUGACGUGACUGUGAGUUGCGCAUAAAGGGACUUAAUGGAGAAAUGACUUAUUUCCAGCCGUAACCCGAACACUAGCCCGGCCAUAGAGACUUGUAAAGGUGCAUUUAAUUCUUCAUGUAACUUUCAUUUUAAUCUCGGCACCAGAUUUUGUACUCAAACGUUGCGAUCCACGAAAUGGAUAUUUAAUUGACCAAGCUUCUUUUCCCACGAGGUCAAGCAAUCCAAUCAACCACUAUAAAUGAUGCUAGCAGCAAGUAUCGUGGUUCCCGUGAGAAAACACCAACUUCUUUUUCUUCUUAAAGGGUCUAUUCGUCUCCUGAGGAAACAUUUUCUGCGCAACGAGGUGUGACGUUCCCUUACGUUGUAAUUUCGAAUGAAUCAUGAUUUUAUGAGGGUUACUCGCCUCGCUGGUAUUAAGUACAACGAUGAUAGUAAAUGUUUACACACCAGUGUACCGCUGCUCAGUUUAGUCUACUAUCAAUUACAUUCUAUUAAAGAACAGUGGUGGAUUUUGCCUAUGGAGGGCUCUAGAAAUAUUCCUAAUUCAAGGGGUCCAUCACUGUUCCAUUACUUAUUGAUACAUCGUGCUAGACUUUUACGGGGUGACGGAUAGCGGGCGCACGUGGCCGAUCACGUGGAUGGAACAUCAAAGAAAUCGACGAAUACCGAUUACCUAUAUAUAUAUAUUACCCUCGUCCCGGAUCGCUGGGGAAUUCGACGCGUGACUUACGGCACGUUGAAGAGGAUUAAGAGAAAUUCCCCUUUUAAAGUACGAAUCAGCUGCUGUGACUCAUACGAAACUACGUGAGGCGCAGGUGUGCUUCCGGGAAGUUGAAGAUCUGGGGUUCAAGAGCAGAGGAGCGUACACCGUGUAGUUUCUCUGCUGGUCGCCAAGUGAAACCUUGAUAUGAGGUGACACGUGGAUUCAGGGCAGGGAUGAACAUGAUUUAUAGAGAUUCCUUGAAAAUUAAUUGCUGAGGAUCAAUUAAUAUCGCGGAAAGAAUGGCGGUAAAGUCGUCCUUGAUCUGAAUGCGGAAUCUUUUCAUGAUUUUCCUUGCGCCUUCGCAGCCGCCGGAAGUGGAAAAAAAAGGAAAACGAACAGGAUGCCAGGCGAGGUGCGCGCGCAGCCCUUGAACUCGACAACGUACAGUGGUAGCAGCAUGAUGCAGCCCGACGAGGAGAUUCAGUAUGCGCCAAGGAGCCGUCCUGUUAGCUUUUAUGACAACUUUAAGGACGUGCCAAUGGUGACACCUUGCGUGACUUCCGCCUUAAGCGCCGACAAUUUAAAUCAAGUCCGUGACAAUCCGUCGAUGGCUACGGCCAACAACAACAACAAUAACAACAAUAAUAGAGUGAGCAACGCCGUCAGUGUUGGUAACGUGUCGAAGAUCCAGAGCACCAAAGUCACUGGCGCAGUGUCGACGGGGAACAUCGGGAAAAUCUACCGAUCAGAUAAGGAAAAGGAACUCGGUCGCGCCCCAUCGAUGGCCAACUGUUUGUCAACCACGGUUCCCGUUAAUCUGGCAGCCUCUCAAAUUGCUGGCCGUCACACGCCCACGAGGAAUUCCCUCAGGCACAGCAGGAUGAUCGUGCUGCAUCGGAGUGGUCACCGGCCACAGAAAUUCCUGCCACCGUUGGUUUACCACUGGCGACUAGGACGAUGCCUGGCAGCGUUACAAACAAUCCUUGGUGUCGCGGUCACUUCGUUGUCAUUAUGGUUAUUGCUUUGGGCACCUCACCUGCCCGUUGCGGAUAAUCCCUACUGGAGUGGUAUGCCGUUGUUACUCUCCGGUAGCUUUGGUGUUUGCCUGUUGUGCUGCUUCAAAAAAGAGUACCCUGGGAUGAGUCCUGGAUUCUGCCUCGCGUCGACGAAGGUAAUAAGCGUAUCUCUAGCAAUUUUGGCAACGGUGACCUGUUCCAUUGCUUGCGUAUUCUCAGCGAUACACCUGGCGCGCCUGAUGCGACUGGAAUGCAACCCGGCACGAGUUUUGAACGCUACCUGCGUGUGCAGGCCUCGCGAAGAUGCGUCGAAUUCCACGGAAACAGCGGUCAGGUACAUGGAUCUCAACUGUCCCGAAGUUGAGAGUAUCCUGACGAUACUUUUGAUCUUCUCGUCCACUUGCAACGCUUUGGGAGCUUUAGUAGCUGGUUGGUACACCUACCUCCAUUGGAGCACCAGGCAUAAGAGGCCUAAAUACAUGCAAGUCAGAACCAGUCCCACCAGUGGAAACAAUUUCUUGAGCAGUAGACCGAUUUACAAUCCGAAUCUAAACGAACGAUGACAGUUUUUAUCCGACAUGGACGAAGAUAGCUCGUACCUUCGCUAUUCUUCUCUAACGAUGGACGAUGGGGUGUUUUAGAUUGACGAGCCUCGGAGAAAAUCAAACUUUCAUAUGAUUUCAUGGUUGUGUUUUCUACGGUCUAAAAUUUUCAUGUAAAAUAAAUCCCUUACUUGGUCGAUAGACUUUUAAUACUAAUAUCAUGAAAAGAUUCAGUUUGUAGCACUUGAAAUUGACGAAUAUCAUUUUCUGUUUGAUUGAAAAGAGUUAAACAAUGUUUUAUGGUUUGAACUUUCUAACAAUGAACUAAUGAAUUAUAAUUUCUGAAGAUACUGGAGGCAAGUGCCUGAAGUGCGCAUAAACUAGUCUCUCGGGUGUAUGAAUAAAUCUCUGAGUGAUUCUCGAAUGAAUCGUAUUUAAAGGAUGGCAGAUAAUAACUGUCACGAUGUGUUCUGAAUAUUUAUUGUACUGUGAGCGACGCGUAUGUUGUAUAUUAUCGUGUAAGUAUUUUUUAACGUUUAUAUAAGAAUCUCAAAAAUAGUUGCAUUUAAAAAAAAAAUAAAUCACGGGCGCUUUUACAUAUCAUCAGUUCAUGUUUAACGAGGGGGAAAUGAAUUUUUGUUUUUUUUGAAAACAUAGGAAUGAGAGGAAUACCAUUAAUAAUGGGUAAUUAUUAUUAUUACGAUGGAAUAACGGGUCAUUCCACGUGCGAUUUACUUGCACGUGGAUCAUCAGUAUUUUAGGUGUAAUUUAUAAGUGAAAUUAAAUGAACGUCUUGUGAGCAUGUGUUUGUACGUGUACGUAUUUAUAAGUAUGAGUAAACGGGUAGAUAAGGACUAUGAGUGAAAGCUUUUUAACUUUGUCAUUCGCUCGAAAAAUAGUGUCUUCGAUUUUAUACCUCAUUGAAGUGAUCACGUAACAAGCUAUUUUUAAUUACGAUUAAUAAAUUAUCUCGUAGGACCAUUUUGUCAAAUCUUCAUACAAAAUAAAUCAUUUCACUAUUAAAA